AUGGCAGAGGCUGACGGUCCCAUGCGGCUGCUGGAGGUGUGCGGACAGAGGCUCUCCAGGUUCCUCCAUGAUGCCAAGCACAAGCACUUGGCCUGGCUGCGGGAGGCUGAGGAGCAGGGCAUGAGGCUGCUGGAUAGCAACUUUGGGGCUGAACCUGAAUUAGUGCCCAAAACACCAUCACAGAGGAGGCGUCCCAAGAAAAGGCAGUCCUCUUCUCUCAAAGAUGAAAAUAAGGAGCCAACCAGGAGGAGGUUAUCCAGAAGGAGAAGCAGUAUCAAGCUAGUGUCUUCCAAACCAGGUUCCCAAAAACGUCACAGCAAAGAGCAAACCCAGAAUUCCAGCAGUCUGGGGGAAGAGGUGUCUGCACCCAACCCUGCGGUAAGGUCUCAAGCCAAUUUUAAAGCAGAGCUUCCAGCACUGCCAGCAGCACUGACUGGGAAAUGGCCAGCUGAAGAGCAAGUUCCAGUUGCAAAAACGGAUUGUAAUGACUGCCCUCAGGUCGAGUUAGGGAAGGGAGAUGGGGCUGAUACUGAACAUGGGGCCUGUAAGACUGUUGCAGGGGAACAGUCCAAAGGGGCUGGAAUUACUGAGCUGCCUCGUGUGUUAUCUGUCAGUGUGGUCCCUAGUGGCCAGACAGCAAGGGAGGGGGAAGAGACCCCCAAAAGAAGAGGAAGUACCUCCACUCCCAAGGCUGCUAGAAAUGGAGAUUCUGCCGCAGACCAAGGAGAUCGAUCUCCUCAAGGCCUAGAAAAAGUACUUUUCCAGGACUCCAACACCAAAAUGACCACAAUGAGAGCCAAAACGCGCCAUUGCUCUGGACGUCGAAGCUUUGUGGGUGGCCCCCAUAAAAGCCACAGGGCCUCCUUGGCAGAAAAAUAUUCCCUGGCCAGCAAAAGAGAAAGCAUGAUCCGGAGAUCCAUCAGCAGGGCCAUUUCAAAGAAGGCAGCAGCUCGAGAAUCAUCCUCUGCCUCCAGCAGAGCGAGCUGUCAAAGCUCCAUGGAGGUAUUUGUGGAAGAUGAUGUGACCAGCAGUGUGAGGACGAGAAGCUGUAAGCAAGCAAUGGGUGUUACGUGGGACAGGCAACAGCCAGGGGGUCGUGCCCUUUCCCCUUUGGAGGACAAGCACGUGAAUUCUGCAAACCAGACUGUAUCUUCUGCCUCUCCAGCUAGCAAGGUGGUUCGCCCAUUGAAAAACUUCCUGCAGGCUGUGCAGAGAAACCAGCUACUCACAAGCCCAGGAUCCACAGGACGUGGGGGUGUCAUAAGGAAUUUCAUCAAACGCAACACUCCCACUCGACCUGAUCUUAAGGGAGACUUUGUUGAGAGGGAGCGGCAAAGACUGGAAAGCCUCAGGAAGAAGCAGGAGGCUGAGGAGCAGAGGAAAAAGAAAGUGGAGGAGGAAAAGAGACGACGGCAAGCAGAAAUGAAACAGAAGAGGGAAGAGCGUCUAAAGAAGGCACUGCAGGCUCGGGAGCGGGUGGAACAAAUGGAAGAAGAGAAGAAAAAGCGGAUGGAACAGAGGAUUUUACAGAAUGAUGAAAAGGUACGCCCCUCUCAAGUGCGAGAAGAGAAAGUGGUAGAGGAAAGGAGUAAGAAAAAACUGUCAAAGAAGGCUGGAGAAGCUGAUGCACGGAAACAGAAAGCACUGAGGAUGGAGGAAGAUGAAUUUGAGCAGCAGGAACUACUGCAGAAAAGGAGAGAGGAUGAAGUGAAAGAAAGGGGGAAGAAAGUCUUAGAACUAAAGAAUCUUGUAGAGCAGCGCCAGGUGGAACAAGUGAAGGAGAGGGAUCACAAACAACAAGGGAAGGAGAAGGCCCCCCCACUACAGCUAGAGCUGGCAGUGUUUACUGGAAAAAACAUAAAGGAAGAAGAGAGCCCAAAAGAACUGCAGCAGCUGCUUGGUCAGGAGAAGAGAGGCAAGCAAUCAGAAUUGAUUGCCAUGUCUUCUAAUACACGGCUCAAAGUGGUAAAGGAGGAAAUCAGUCUGCAGGAGUCUCAACAGCAGACGGGAGAGGAGAAAAAAGGCAAGCAACCAGAAUCAGUGACUACUGCUUCUAGCACAUGGCUGAGCAAAACAGUAAAGAAAUCUAUCUCCACAUCCUGCUUAGGGCCACCAAAGGGAUCUAGGUCCCCUAAAGUAAGUGAAAAUAAUUACGGGAUGGAUCUGAACAGUGACGACUCCACAGAUGAUGAGAAUGAACCCCGGAAGCCUGUCCCUGCCUGGGCUGAUGGAUCUCAGCUUAAUCAAGCUAUUUUACACCAAUACUAUCACCCAGUGAACAUUGACCAGCUCUUUGGGUUAAUUGCAAGCCCUAAACUGGAGGAUAUUUUUGGCAAGAACAAACCUCGAUAUUUUAAACGCACCAGCUCAGCAGUUUGGCAUUCCCCACCUGGGACAAAACCUGCAUGUGGCACAUCUUGCAUCUUCAAAAACUGA